CCUUGUUUUAUUCCACAGAGCUGUUGAAGGAUGUCCUGAAUGAGCCACCGACUGCUACACCUUCUCAGAUCCUUCGCUACCAGGCAGGAUAUGUCGUUUGCGCUGCAAUCGCAGUGCUCUAUUUUGUGACGGUGCCCCUGGUCGGACUGAGCCUUUGCUGCUUCCAGAGAAACCGGCCCUGUGCCGGACGGAUCAAGGCCUAUCGCCGCUCUCUGCUCUGCCAGCGGAACCUUCUCAUGGUCUGCCUGCUCCUCACCACCCUCCUCAUCCUGUGAGUGUGAGGGGCUGAGCCAGAUCCGUUCCCGUCGUGUUGCCCCCAUAGAGAUGAGGGGAUCGGGAAGGACAGGAAGGUGAAGCAGCGCACGAGGGAUGCCAAAGGUGUAAAUUCAAAAGCCAGGAAAUGCUGCUCUGGAAUACAGGGAAGCCAAACAA